AUUCAUUCUCCACGCUCUCCGUUUUGGCUGCUGACUUCCCCAACACCACUGCUGAGCACUGCGUCUCCUCUGCCUCCUCGGCCGUGCCGUCCUCUCUUCUUCAACACAGUUCCUGCAUCCUUCGCCACUCCAUACUGUUGCCCCUUAUUCUUGCACCUCCUCCUUGGCGAGGAUGCAGUACGUCAGGAACAUCAGCGACUCCGUGUCGACGGCAUGGAACUCGAUCAACCCGGCUACUCUUAGCGGUGCGAUCGACGUCAUUGUCGUCGAGCACGACGAUGGCACUCUCGCCUGCUCCCCGUUCCACGUACGCUUCGGCAAGUUUUCACUGCUGCGUCCGUACGAGAAAAAGGUCGAGUUUCGUGUCAAUGGCGAGAAGCAGGAGUAUGCCAUGAAGCUCGGCGAGGGCGGCGAGGCCUUCUUCCCCCCCCUCGAUCCCGCCCAGCCAGCGCAAAACAUCGAACUAUCAGAACCCGACUUUCUGCAACUCGACAAUGACCCCAUCGGCAAGCCGAGGUCUGCCACUGUCACCGUUGCUCGGCCAGGCCUCAAUGCACUGGGCCUCGAGAAUCAAAUAGCCAACCUCGCCCAGUCGCAGAUCACGAGCGCGGAGCUUACAGGCGGGAGACCACCGUCUCGAGCACUUGGUGCCGUUCCCAAACAUAUUUAUUAUAGCGACAACAUCUUGCCCACGUCUGCGCGAGCUCAUUCCGAUCUUGAUCGGGCGAGCAGCGAUCCCCCACCCCUCGAUGAGAAGGAAGCACUGGCUCGAGCAGAAGCAUUGGCGGAAGAAUUGUCAGCUGUCAACAUUCCCAGUCAUGUCACUAGCACUGGUGACCUCAUGCUUGACAUGACGGGGUACAAGAGCAGCGAAGAAGACGCCAUCCGCGCCGAGAUACUCGCUCGCAAUAUUCUGUCAGAAAAGCUCGAGGGUGACUAUGACAUCGGAGCUCUCUUCGGCAUGGAUGAGGAAGGCAAUUUGUGGAUCUAUCGCAGUGAAGAUGCCAAGGAUGCUGCGAUGAAGAAGACAAUGGCCAGACUUCGUCCGGCAGCAACAAUCGCUGCUGAUGCCGCUUCCGAUCCCGGCUACCAGAGCGAUGAUUCACUAUCUUCCUCCCGCGGCCCCUCGCAUCGCAGGUCAGAAUCUGAUGCCGGCCACAAUAGCGACACAACCCCUCCCACGACACCGGGGACCGCGCCCACGGCUGGAAAUCCCAACAAGAACUACGCCAAGACUCUGCGCUUGACUAGCGACCAAUUGCGGAACCUCAAUUUGAAGGCAGGCGAAAACACCAUGAGCUUCACCGUCAAUCGCGCUACCUGCCAGGCCAACAUGUACCUUUGGAGGCACGAUACACCAGUUGUGAUCUCCGACAUUGAUGGGACCAUUACCAAAUCAGACGCACUGGGGCAUGUUCUAUACCGAAUCGGACGCGAUUGGACGCACGCCGGAGUCGCCAAGCUUUACAGCGAUAUUGUGGCCAAUGGAUACAACAUAAUGUAUCUUACUAGUCGUUCCGUGGGGCAAGCCGACACAACGAGAACCUACUUGGCAGGCAUUGUGCAAGAUGGCUAUCGCCUUCCGAGGGGACCGACGAUUCUGUCCCCAGACCGCACUGUGGCUGCACUCAGGCGUGAGCUCUACCUUCGAAAGCCCCAUGUCUUCAAGAUGGCUACUCUGCGGGACAUCAAGAGCCUUUAUGGCCCCGUCAACCACUGCUUCUACGCCGGCUUCGGUAAUCGCUUGACAGAUCAGAUAUCGUAUCGAACUGUUGACGUCCCUCGCAAUCGAAUCUUCACCAUCAACUCUAAUGCGGAGGUCUCAUUGGAUCUUUUGAGUCUCAACAAGAUGAGACUUACAUACGUGAGCGUCACAGAGGUCGUCGAUCACUAUUUCCCUCCAGUCAGCACGUUGGUCAAGGGUGGUGGAGAGGACUUUACCGACUUCAAGUACUGGCGCGACACUCCACUUGAGCUUGAUGACUUUUCAGCAAGCGACAGUGAAGCGACCACUGAAGCUGAGGACGAGGAGGACGAGGACGAGGACGACGCCGAAGACGAGGAUGUUGGUGAGAUGGGUGACAGCUACAUCUCGAGGGGUUCCGAAGGCGACGUGGCCAACAGCAUGGGGGCAGCUGAAUAUGACGAAGACGACGAGGACGACGCGGACAAUGAGGAAGAAGAUGCAGGACCGGAUGAUGAGGAUGCAGAGGCCGAGGAGGACGACGAUGAAGUCGACAGUCUGGAACAGCAAGUCGGCCCACCUAAGCAGUCUCCAGUUGCAACGAGGCCUACCAAAAUUUCGACACCGGGUCCAGACAUCAACGCCGAGCUCAUCACGGGGGUUAAAAACCUCGAAAUCACGAAAGACGCGUAGUGGCGGGUAUCAUUCUAGUGAAGACGGUCUUCAACUGCUGUGGCACACAAC